UCGAGAUGAGCUUUCCCCAUUCAUAAUUCCUGCAAGUUCGCGAUCCGCGCUGCCUCGCGCAUGAUCUGUUCCUCCGAGUUCCUCCGGGUUGGAUUAAUUUUGUGGCGCGGGCAGGUGCUUGGUUUUGGUUGGAAACUCGAUCGCCGUCGGGAAUUGGGAUCGGGCGAGAGAAUUCAGUGGGGGGAGGCGGAUGCUGUUCCGCUUGCUGUUUUCGUGGCCGGAGUGGAUUCGGUUUGGUUGGGUGGGGAGGUGCGAAAUGGGGGCGCAUUGAGGAGGCCGUGGCAGGGUUCCAGCGCUCACAAGUUGGUGUUUCGCGAGUAUGCUGAGAUGUCCGCGGCAGGUUUCGCUUAGCUUUGCGGGUUUGGAUCGGGGAAUUACUGGAUUGCAUGUUUUCGCCUUGCCUGGUACAAUACGGUCAUACUCCAUGCUCAUAGAAUUUGGAUUACUGGGGCCGUUGUGAGUUAUGAGCUCAAGUAGCGUCAUUAUGUUCGAGAGAAACAGGGGAGGAGAUUGGUAAUGUGGGAGGGAAACAGGGGAAGAUUAGAAUUGUGGAACGGAAAUGGGGGGUGAUUAAGAUAUGGAAGGAUUGAUUGGUAGGGGCACGGUAUGUGGGAUAGCCAUACUGGAUUGCUGAAUUGGUGGAAGCCUAAAACAUGCAGUGGAGAUCGAAGCCUGAGGAUGUUUAGAGUAGAUCUAUCCUUCCUUUACCGUAUAGCGAAGCUCAAGUGAUCAGGCUCUUGCAGCAAUUUAUCGCUCCAUGUGGCAAGUAACGACUAUGUGUUCCAAUAAUAAGGAUCUAGAAUGACAGAUCAUGAAUCAAUUCCCUAAACAAAUGCUGACCCAGUGGCCCUUCACGAUUCAAGAUGACCUCUGUAAACAAGGUUCAAAAUCUAAAAUUCCUUGUGUGCGUUAUUUCAGUAUAGUUAUUUACAAUGGCUCAUUGGAGGUGAAAUUCUAGUAUGGCCAGAUCCACCCAGCUAUAUGUACAAUGAGUGAUUACCUGGAAAAAAGUACUUUUGUACUGAAUUCCACUGCUGGAUCAUACUCCAGAACACUGUCCCAGUAUAUAUGAUCAACUGAUUACUCUCUAUUGCAUCCUGUAGUUAUUGAUUUAUCUUUAUUUUUAAUGACUAACAAGAUUAAGAUUGUGCUCGUCUUUAGAAAUUGAAAAUUGAAGCUUCCGCCCUUUUUACACGUAUGCCGUUCAUGUCAAAUUUAAUGGAGUUACAAAGCAAAUCCAAAGAACUUUUUAUGUGUUUCUGAGCAGCACACCUAUGUGAUUAUAUAUGCUCCCACAGAUAUUUAUUCUGAUGAACCUUUAAUGCUAUAAUUUCAAUCAAGAAGAUGGAAAAUAAGCUCUCAAUUUAGUGUUAUGCAGCCUGCAGUUUCAAUGUGGCAUGGUUGGAAUGAGAAUUUAGAGAGCUGCUGAUACUAUAAUUAGGGUUUGCUACUAACUUUACUUUGAUGGUGUAGAUAUUUCCAUCAUUUGGACUCUAGGAUUUAAAGACAUAAAGCAUGUUUAUGCUUUCAACCUUCUCUCGGAGUAUAUUAAUCAUCUUGGAAUAAAGGAGGAAACCUCUUGACUUGCGGUGUAAGCCUGCGUGCCAGCGAGGCCGGAUCCCGCGGCUUGUUUGCAACCUCCUCCAUGGCUCCAGCUGGUGACCGGAGCGCCGCUGCCCCGAACCCCACAAAAUAAGUUGUUGCUCGCGUUCCAUCACCCAACCACCUCCUCUCCCCUGCUCUUUAUAUAUCCCGGCACCGGCGCCAGCUACCCAUGUCACACGACACGGCUGCGCGCCACCCCGUCGCAACCCCGCAACAAGGAGGAGGAGAGGAAGGAGGAGACCAGCCCUCCGGCGGCCGGGCCAGCUUCGAGUUCGGCGGCGAGUGCCGGUUCUGCGAGAUGACGCGGCAGCACCACCCGCAGUGCGCGCGCCGGCUGCCCAAGCGGAUCAUCCUCGUCCGGCACGGCGAGAGCCAGGGGAACCUCGACAUGUCGGCGUACACCACCAUCCCCGACUACCGCAUCCCGCUCACGGCGCUGGGCGCCGAGCAGGCGCGCGCCGCGGGGCGGGGCAUCCGCGACGUGGUGGCGUCGGGCGGCGGCAACUGGAAGGUCUACUUCUACGUGUCCCCCUACGAGCGCACCCGCGCCACGCUGCGGGAGAUCGGCCGCGCCUUCCCGCGGGACCGCAUCAUCGGCGCCCGCGAGGAGUGCCGCGUCCGGGAGCAGGACUUCGGCAACUUCCAGGUCGAGGAGCGGAUGCGCGCCGUCAAGGAGACCCGCCAGCGGUUCGGCCGCUUCUUCUUCCGGUUCCCCGAGGGCGAGUCCGCCGCCGACGUCUUCGACCGCGUCGCCAGCUUCCUGGAGUCGCUGUGGCGGGACAUCGACAUGGGGCGUCUGGAUCAGGACCCGAGCUGCGAGACCAACCUGGUGAUCGUGUCGCACGGGCUCACCUCGCGGGUGUUCCUCAUGAAGUGGUUCAAGUGGACGGUGGAUCAGUUCGAGCGCCUCAACAACUUCGACAACUGCGAGUUCAGGGUGAUGCAGCUGGGGCCCGGCGGCGAGUACUCCCUCCUCGUCCACCACACCAAGGAGGAGCUCGAGCAGUGGGGCAUGUCGCGGGAGAUGAUCGCCGACCAGCAGUGGCGCGCCGCCGCCAACCGACGCAGCUGGGCCGAGGAGUGCUCCUCCUUCAUCGACUCCUUCUUCGAUGACCCCAAGGAUUCAGAGAGCUCGUCCGAGGAGGAGGAAGAAAAGGAGAAUGGCAAGAUCAAGGAACUGGAGUAAUCGACUCUGCUCUGUCCCUGGUUCGCUGAAAUUCUUUCAAUUCGAUGAUAAUUUCUAGAUUUUAUACUGUGGAGUGGUGGCCUAGCGAGUCAUUGCUGAUUGCUCAUUUUUCUUUCCCCAAUUUGUAAUCUGUUCAUAGUAGCUAGAGAUUGGAAAGAGCGGGGAGAAAUUCAGAAAAAAAAAACUACUAAAGAUUUCAGUAAGACAUAUCUAGAGGGUCUUAGUUCUAACUUCUUUCCCGCGUUCCUAGCUGGAAAACUGACAAACUCACCAUGGUUGGCUGUCUUUAACUAAAGAUGGCUCCUUUUAUUACAACUUUCUUUAUCUAAUCAAGAUCCUUUCAUGCUGCA